CUCUAGAGAGCGUUACCAUUAUUUUUUGGUCUUCAUGCUGUCUGAACCUGCCAUCCUUCUAUCUACUGCCUAAAAACUCCCUGCUUGGGAAAUGAGUAGAUGACUCCUCCAUUAGAAACAAUAUGUAAUUCACAAUUAUCAGAAUCAAGUACUCUCAUCAUGGUAGCUAGCUAACGUUAGCUACGAAGCUAGGUUACUUGGACAAUCCUUUCAACUUGCUUGCUGACAGGUUAGCUUACGACAGCUAACUUCGCUAUGUGAACUAACGUUCCAUAUGCCAGAAAAGUGGCGAUAAAGAAACUCCCUGCAACUCUCUGGUUUUGCAGGUCGCUCUCAUGUGCCCAUGGAGAAGGCGGCCUUUGAGGGGUGGCUGGAGUCAGUCUCCACCACUUUCCUUACUCUGAAUGACCAGCAGCGCAACCAGUCUCUUGACCACAUCAUAUCUUUAAGUGGUGCUGCCCAGCUGCGUCAUCUGUCUAAUGGACUGGAGACGCUGCUCAAGCGUGACUUCCUGCGCCUCCUUCCCCUGGAGCUGGCAUUUUACCUGCUGCGCUGGCUGGAUCCUCAGACCCUGCUCACCUGCUGCCUGGUCUGCAAACAGUGGAAUAAGGUGAUAAGCUCGUGUACAGAGGUGUGGCAGGGUGUGUGUCGGGAGUUGGGGUGGAGGAUUGAUGAGUCCAUUCAGGAUGCAUCACACUGGAAGGGGGUCUACCUGAAGGCUAAACUGCGUAUGAUGCAGUUGAAGGAUCAGGAGGCCUUUGAGACAUCGUCCCUCAUUGGCCACAGUGCUCGAGUAUACGCCCUCUACUAUAAGGAUGGCCUUCUCUGCACAGGGUCUGAUGACUUGUCUGCCAAAUUAUGGGAUGUGCGCACUGGGCAGUGUAUUUAUGGAAUUCAGACACACACCUGUGCCACAGUGAAGUUUGAUGAACAGAAAUUGGUGACUGGAUCCUUUGACAACACUAUUGCAAGCUGGGAGUGGAGCACAGGGGCUAAAAUCCAACAGUUCCGUGGCCACACAGGAGCAGUCUUCAGUGUGGACUACAAUGAUGAGCUGGACUUGCUGGUCAGUGGUUCUGCAGACUUCUCUGUGAAGGUCUGGGCUCUGUCUGCUGGUGCCUGUCUCAACACUCUGACUGGACACACUGAGUGGGUCACCAAGGUGUUGUUACAGAAGAGUGAAGUAGAAUCUAUGGUGCAUAGUCCUGGUGAUUAUAUCCUCCUAAGUGCUGAUAAGUAUGAAAUUAAGGUCUGGCCUUUAGGGAGAGAAAUCAACUGUAAGUGUUUGAAGACCCUGUCAGUGUCAGAGGACCGCAGCAUCAGCCUCCAGCCUCGCCUGCAGUUUGACGGACGCUACAUCGUCUGCAGCUCUGACCUCGGAGUUUAUCAGUGGGACUUUGCCAGUUUUGAGAUUCUCAGGGUGAUAAAAACACAGGACCCAGCUAACCUCUCCCUGCUCAGCUUUGGCGAGGUGUUUGCGCUCCUUUUCGACAACCACUUCCUGUAUGUGAUGGACUUGAGGACAGAGGUUAUCUCUGGCCGCUGGCCUCUGCCAGCCUACAGAAAAUCCAAACGAGGAUCUAGCUUCCUGGCCGGCGUUACCUCCUGGCUCAAUGGCCUGGACGGGGGCAAUGACUCUGGACUGGUGUUUGCCACAAGCAUGCCAGACCAUAGCAUUCAUUUAGUACUGUGGAAGGAGAACGGUUAGAAAUGAACAAGACCCCAAUCUCCAGACUGCUAGGAAAUGAGCCACAAUCAAGUGUGCUCUGGAGUAAAUGAACCUUAACAGUCCAGAUAGAUUGUGCAUGGACCAAAGCAUUUUGUAUUUAUCCGUUUCUUCCUCAGCAUCCAGUACUCCGCUAGAGACAAACGGGAAAAUUCACAGAUGGAAAUGCAAGACAGACUAAGAAACAUGUUGAAACUCUUACUACUACACUAAGUGCUGGAUCAGCACUUGCUCCUGAUUUCUGCAGAAACCUGUGAACCUCUUCUGAUCUUGGACAAAGACAGAAAGAAAUAAAACAGACUUCUUGAAAGCCAAGAUGUUUCAGUGACAACAAAAAACUGUCACCAAAGGUUCCAAAAUUAACACAAGAAGAGAAAUGAUCCUGUAAUAAGACUUUAAUGUGGCAGUGUAAAUGUUUAUUGUCAGAUUUGCUCUUUGAUCAGUUUAGCAUUGCGCAGUGAGGAUAUUUGUAGCUGACCUUUAACCCAUAGUCUUGUAACAGGGUGCCAACUUCUAACUGGCUACUGACCUUUUUUUCCACCAGAAUAAGACUAUGUUAAACGUGCUGUAGCUAGAACAUGCCCACUGCCAAGCUGGUCACUGAGCUGAUUCACCAAAACAUUGGUUUCUUUGGAGAAAAGCAGGGUUGCCUUAAACACAGGUGCUGUAAAUAAUGGAGAACAUCUCCUUUGACGUCAGAUUAUGACAUCAAGGUAGAUAUUCCUCAACGUUUUUACAGACCAUCCCCAAGGAAGCUGUAUACUGAAUCGUAUGUUGAAAAGUGAUUUGGUACAUUUUUGUGUACAAUGUGAAACAUUGUGAGGUUUCAUGUAAUUCAGUGAAUAUGCUUUUCUAAGGGAUGUCUGGUUUAAAUGUCAGCUUGAGAAAUGUGAUGUGCCUUUUCAGUUCAUUUGAUGAUGAUUUGAUGUUACAAACUAGAAUUCCUUGAUAGCGCGGGCACAUUGCAGUAAGGUGAAGACUGCAUUGUAAAUCUUACUUUUCUGUUGAAGUUUUCAUAUUUACUGUGCUCUAACAGUCUAAGAUGUCUGUAAUUUUAUAGUUAUGUAACUGACAUGACUUGCUCAAUGAAUUGCUUUUAUGAAUCAUUGACUGUAAAACAUCAGGUGUAUUUUUCUAAAGGCCACAAUGCAUUGCACAGCUGAGGAAGUGACUUGGCAAGCAGUCGAGAAAAACACAAUAGAUGAUUUUCCUGAGAGCAACUAUGUAAUAUCAUGCCUCGUUAUGUACAUCAGUUUUAACAUCAUGUCUCAGCUUGGGUUUCUACAAAACUGAAACUUUAACCAUGAAUUAGUGCUUUUCCCAGAAUUUUCAUUGAUGUCUUCCUUUGCAUUAGGCAGGAUUGAAAUGUAUCCACGUGCACCAAACCUCAUUUAUGACUGUAACCUGUUUCUCACAUGGAUAAUUGUACACAGCAGAUGUACAGACAAACCUAAACAAAAUACCACCAA